AUGGCUUGCGGUGGCUUGCAGCUUGGCUUGGGUUUUUGUAAGCCUAAGCCUGGCGAAGCCAAGCCAAAGCCACCGGCUUCUGGGCCAAGCCGAGCCAGUCAAAUCACUAGCCAUGCCCUCUGGUACCCAGAGCCACACGAGUCGGGCGAGCCGCAGAUUGGCGACGCGGGGUUCGUCCACGAAGGCGCAUUUAUACGAUUGUUCAACCUCGACACUUCCACGUCCGAGAAAGAGGUCAAAUUCUGGGAGCCGCCGUUUGAGAUCAUUGAACCCUUACCUCGCGGCGUGCUCAAGAUUGAUCGGAGGCAGAGACCGCUCGUCCCCGAUCAGUACUGUAGCCAUGGAGUAGAGAGCAGGCAGAUGACUGCCGGUGCCAACGUAACUGCAACCUUAACGGCAAAGUACACCUGCAAGGUGGCGCAGGGGGCAAUUCUCGAGCUCAAGAGCGACGCUGUAGCCGAGACGCUAUUCGAGAACCAAGCUCUAGAGAAGUACAUUGUCAGGAACCACGACAUAUGGUACGGAUAUGCUACCGAUACCCUUGGCCAUUGA